GGGUAGAUAUCAGCUGAAUUAUUCGGCUAAAAUGCCCUGGCACGGGCAUACGUAGUCGUCGGUCCGCCAUUACGACGCAGCCGAGACACGUUUGUCGUAUUUAGUUAAAUAUUUUCGUUUAUAAAUGAGUAAUAACGCUCAUGAACUAAGUAAUCGACUUCUGAAUGCGUUGGAUAACAAUUACAAUGUUGUCGACAUGCAUGCCGUUAACGAAAUCAUAUCCAUAUUGGAGAAAAUCAAUAUUACAAAAGAGCUGCUGGAGACCACCCGACUGGGCAAGCAUGUGAACGAGCUACGACGGAAGACCUCGGAGCCGACCCUCGCACGCCGCGCCAAGGUGCUCGUCAAGCGAUGGCGGGACCUCGUCAUACCUACCGCCGCCUCGCCUCACCAUGCCGGCUCGAACCGUUCGUCGGCGGAGCGCACGAUGCGGCGGCUCGGCGGCACGCCCAUCACCUCCCCCGCCUUCGCCCGGCAAGUAGUAAGCCCGGCGGUGCCCAGUCCGCGCCCCCCCUCCAGACCUGCGUGGGGCGGCUACGAGUCGGACUCGCAGGACGUGAUCCUGGUGGACGAUGACCCUCCCCCCGCGCCCGCCCCCUCCCCCUCCCCGCUCACGCUGCACGCGCACGCGCACAAGCCGAGCUCCGAGCCAGCGAAAAGGCCGCUGUCUCCAGAGCCGCCGAACGAUGAUAAAAAAGCAAAACGGGACAAAAAACCUAAGAAACGAAGAGGGCACAGCCGCGCCGGAUCCGGCACGGAGGCGGCGGCGGGAGGCACCGCGACGCCCGCGCCGGGCACGGGCGGCGCGUGGCUCGGCCGCAACGGCGCGCACCAAGGCAAGAAGAACGGCCUGCGCGGACACCUCGACCCCUACGCGGCGCUGGUCAACAAGAUGCCGCCCGCUGGCGCUAAGAAGGUGAAAACAACCAAGGAGCUGCUGGCGCAGAUCCAGUCCCGCGGCUCAGCGCCGCGCUCCCCGUCGCCGGGGUCGCCCGCCUCGCCCGACGUGCAGCUCAUAGAGCCCGACGAACCGAGUGCAGUAAAACCAGAGUCCCCGCUCCGCAACGGCGCCGCCUCCCCGCGCCCCCCCUCCCCCUGCCCCGUGCCCGCCCCCGCCUCCCCCCUGCCGCCCCUCGAGGACCCGAGGGAAGUCCGGGACUGCACGUGCGGCGAGGAGGCCGAGGCCGACUGCCCCGCCGCGCGCCGGCGCGCCGUGCUGCCCGUGCACGUGCACGCGCUGCACCACGCCCACCUCCCCGGCGUCAACGGCACGAGGGCCCCCCUCCACCCCCACCAGUUCGCCGUCCGGAAACUGACGGACCCCGAGAAACCCGACCUCUUCACCUCCAUAGUGCCCCUGUACAACUACUCGGACUACGCGGACGAUUACUGCGCGAAGAACAUGUCGCGCGUCCCGCUGUGCACGCAUUUACCCUGGACGGAGUUCGCGCCCGCGCCGCCCGAGCCCGCGCCGGCGCCCGACCCGCCGCCCGGCCGGCCCUACCCCGUCGACGAGCCUAGCCCCGAACUCGACACCGAGCGGGAUGAGAAGAGUCGGGACGUGGAAGUGAAAGUGGAGCCCAGUGAACGUUUGAAACCGACCGAGACGGUGUUAAAAGUGAUAAAGUGUGAGAGUGCCAGUGAAGUGCCGGACGAGUUCGCGAGCGAGCAGAAGGAUCACAGGACCGUGGAGAAGACGAAAAGUUCGCUCGACGGCCGGGCGCUGUACGACGCGUGUCGUUCCGCGAUACAGUCUAUCCCGUUCGUGUACGGGCAGACGUUCGCCGCGCCCACCGUCACGCUUCCCGAGGAGACCGCAGAGGUGAGUGACGCGCUAGAGUCCGCCCUCGCCGCUGCCGCCGAGUCGACAGAGAGGGACAACCUAGGCCGGCCGUCCCGCUCUGGCGCGUUCGCCGAGUGGCACGAGUGUGCCAAGCUGGGCGAGCUGAUCGCGCUGCCGUACGUGGUGAUCGACUGAUGUGAUACUGCUAGAGUGCCAAAUCUCGGCGCGGCUCCGAGCUUCCGUUGUUCCGACGUUCCAAGUGUCCUUACGUUAGUUUUAAAUGUACAUACGGUGUUGGAUGUGUGCCCUCGAAUGUACAUACGAUAAUUUAGCUAAUGUAGUUAGGACGAAAUCGAUGAGACUGCUGCGGGGUGGUUUUUUAACAGUGCGUUAACUGAAGCUUUUGAGUUUGCAAAAAUUUUAUUCGUGUCGAUAGUCGCGUCGCCUGAUGCGUUUAGUCAUGUAUUUAUUUUAUAUUGUUUUAGGGGUUCACCUUUGUUUCGUCUAGAAAUGUUUGAUUGGAUGUAAUGUUUAGUUAAAUGUUUCAUUUGACCUAAUACAAUUUCAAU